AUGUCCUUGAAUAUGCAGGCCAGUAUCUUACUCCAAGUGCUCAUGCUCGCCUUUGCCGCUACGGUAUCGGCUGGGACGACUGAGCUGCCCGAGCUCGUGCCCGGGCCCGGGCUUCCCAGCCUGGAGUCCCUGGGCCUCACCUCUGAGCAGCUGUACAACAUGCCCUCUCCUUUACCCUCCGACUCCAAACUCACAUUGUCCCCCGCCUUUGACGGCGUCUGCGGGCCGGCCGAGAGGGCCUACACUGACGUGCACAGUCUCAUCGCCUGCUUCCAGUACUUGGACAGGCUCGGCACGCAGCCCUGUGUAGCCCCCCCAGGUCGAAAGAAUAUCCUCUUCUGCCGCUCCGGCAGCUCCCACGUCAACGGCGUCGCCAUUACCGGCAAAAGCGAGUCCUCUUACUGGUAG